GCCAUGGUGAUGUCAGUCAGAAUGGCUCCUCCUCUUCCUCUGAUCUUUCUGCUCAUGAUUCCCGGGGUUUCUGGUGCUGAUUGGGGUGUGAGUUACAGUCCUUCACACAUCUGUGCACUAAAGAACUCAUCAGUGAUAAUGAGCUGCACUUAUACAUACCCUACUGGAUAUCAGAUCAUGAGAGUGUUCUGGACCAAAGGCCCUGUAGAUGAUGUAAAUCCUCCAGAUCUGUCUGAGGGCCCUGAAUGCAGUCAGAGGCUUCAGUAUCUGGGAGAUAAACAGCAGAACUGCACCAUCAGACUGAGUCAUGUGACACUGACGGAUUCACACAUGUACUAUUUCAGAUUCACCACUGAUAAACCUGAUGGUAGAUGGAUUGGUAAAUCAGGAGUGAUUCUUUCUGUCACAGAUCUUCAUGUGGAGUCUCCUGAGAGAGUGACAGAGGGAGAUUCAGUCCGUCUGACAUGUAAAAGCAGCUGCACUCUGACUUACAGAGCAACAUUCAUCUGGUACAGAAACUCACAGCCAUUAACUGAGAGAAGAGACAGAAACAAUGAACUCCUGCUGCAGUCAGUCAGAAGAGAGGAUGCAGGCAGAUAUAGCUGUGCUGUACCUGAAGACAAUUACAUCUCUCCCGCUGUUUAUCUCAAUGUCAUGUAUCCUCCACAGUACACAUUUGCAUGGGUGAGCCCAUGUUGUGAGAUAGUGGCGGGAGAUUCAGUGACUCUGAUCUGCAGCAGUGAUUCAAACCCUCCUGCAGAAAUCAGCUGGUUUAAAGGAGAAACGUUUGUAGGAUCUGGAAGAAUCUUCAACAUCUCAAAGAUCAGCUCUGAUGACAGUGGAGAAUACAAGUGCAGAUCCAUCAAUGAACAUGGAGAGAAAUACUCUGAUGCUGUGACUUUAAAAAUCACGUCUGUAGGAUGUUUGGUGAUAUUAUGCAUAUCCAUUGGAGUGGUUUGUGUAGCUGUCGUUAUCAUCACGAUGGUGCUGAUUUGGGGAAGCAGGAUGAAAAAGAGAAAUGACACACUUAAAUCUCAGAUGAAUCAGUCCAAACAUCACUAUAACAGACGCAAAGCUUGUGAUGUUGAGUUGAGUCAACCUGUGUAUGAGAAUGCAAUGAUUAACAGAAAGAGGCCAUAGUGUUUGGGACACAGAGCAAAAAAUUUUUUUCUGGCUUUAUAUACAGUGGAAAUAGAAAGUCUUCACAUCCCUGUUAAAACAGCUAGUUUUUCUGAUGUAAAAAUUGAAACAAUAGAUAAAUCAUAUCAGAAAUUUAGCAUGUUCAGUGUCAAAAUUACAAGCAAUUCCACUAAAAACCAGUGACAUUUCAGAGGAAAAAACAAAGCUAAACAAAAAUGGAAUAAAUAUCUGCAUAAGUGUUCACCCCCCUGAACUUUACUUGGUUGAAGCACCCUUACAGCAUUCAGUUUGGAUGGGAGUCUGAAGCCAUUCUUUUGUUGAUUUAGACGUGUGUUUUGAAACAUUGUCUUGCUGAAAAGUAAAGUUCUCUUCAUUUUAGCUUUUUAGCAGACGGCAGAAGAUUCUGUGCCAAAAUCAAGUGAUAAAUGGAGCUAUUCAUGAUUCCAUCCACCUUUCAACAAUGAGAACCUGUUUAACCUCUUUCUGGCCAAUGGCUCUUGUAGUAACCAAGAUGAUGUCAGUAAAAUCUUAUAAAAACAGCUGAGAUUUAUUUGGAUUAACUUCAGCUGAAGACAGGACUGUGUACUGUACUUUCCCACGAGCUUCCUGAACAGAGCGACAUACCCAGUUAAAAAAGAGUGUGUAUACUUGUGUUAUUAAUGUUUUUAUUUUUAUCCUCUGAAACUUUGGUUUUCAGUGGCAUUGCAUAGGUUUUUUUUUUUUUUUUUUACAUUAAAUGUGCAAUUUGUCUGUUUCAUGUUUUACACCACAAAACCAGCUGUUUUAACCAGAUUGUGGAGACUUUUUAUAUUCACUGUAUCUCUUGUGUGUGCAGCCCCGAAAAGCAAUGUGAAUUGAUAUAAAAGUGUGUGUAUUUUUCCUUUAAAAUUUGUUACAUAUAGUUUGUUUACUUAGCUUAGAUGUUUUAAGAUGCAUUGUUUAACUGUAAGCCUCAUUGUUUGUUUUCAACACAGGAAAUAAAGAUCUGAUAUCGCAAGUUUACAGUGUUCUGUCAUACAACAGCAUUAAAAGCA